AUGGCGCGUCUCUUUGCACCUGCACGGACACGCUCGACUGUGGCUGUUUUCACGUUUAUUGCCCUGUGGGGAUGUGCGCUCUCCAUCACCCGCUACUCGAUUCCGGAGGAGAUGGAGGAGGGCUCCUUUGUUGCCAACCUGGCCACGGAUCUGGGUCUGGAUGUUCGCAGCCUGGUGCAGCGCAGCGCGAAGCUCGAUGUCAUCCACAGCAAAAACUACCUCGACAUCAACAAGGAGACGGGCGAGCUGGUCAUCCGAGAGCGGAUCGACCGGGAGAGCAUCUGCACGACCAAGACCACCUCGUGCUUUCUGAAAAUGGACGUCAUCCUGGAGAACCCCAUUCGCAUUUUCAACAUCGAGCUGGAGAUCAUGGACAUUAACGACAACGCGCCCGUGUUCCGCAGGAAGACGAUGCCCUUGGACAUUUCCGAGGCGACCCCUCCCGGUGAGAGGUUUUCAUUGACAAACGCCGUGGAUGCGGACGUGGGGGCCAAUUCGAUCAAGACCUACUAUCUCAGCGAGAGCGAAUACUUUAUCAUCGACAUACAAACUGGCAGCGAUGGCUCCAAAUAUGUCGAUUUGGUCCUCAGCGGUAAUUUGGACCGAGAGGAACAUUCGGUUCAUAAUCUGAUUUUAACCGCUGUGGAUGGAGGGGUGCCUCCCCGCUCCGGCACAGCCAACAUCAUCAUUAAUGUCCUGGAUAUCAAUGACAACGCCCCCCUGUUCAGUCAGCCGGUGUUUGCAGUGAACAUGUCAGAGAACACGGCUGCGGGGACGGUGGUCUUGAAGUUGAACGCCUCAGACUUGGAUGAGGGCACGAACGCCCAGUUGAUCUACUCCUACACACUGUACACCUCAGAGAAGACGCAGGAGCUCUUCUCCCUCGAUCCAGACUCAGGUGAAAUCAGGGUGAAGGGGGUGAUCGAUUAUGAAGAGAUUCAAAGUUUUGAGAUGCACAUACAGGCUCAGGACAGAGGGGCCAACCCGCUGCCCGGCCAUUGCAAAGUGAUGGUGUUCAUCACCGACGUGAACGAUAACUACCCCGAGGUGACAGUCAAGUCUCUGAAAAGUGCACUGACCGAGGAUGUCUCUGUUGGGGAGCUGAUCGCGGUGGUCACCGUCAGCGACAGGGACUCGGGAGCCAACGGCGAAGUGGAGCUCACCUUGAGUCAACAGAGAACCUUACCUUUCGUUCUCAACAAAUCCUCGGAGGGCUACUUUGAGCUGCUGCUCUCAAAGCCUCUGGACAGGGAGCUCAUAAGCAAAUAUCAAAUCAUACUGAGGGUGACGGACAAAGGCUCGCCGCCCCUGUGUGAAAACGAAACCAUCACCUUAGAUAUUCUUGAUGUCAAUGACAACGCACCCCAGUUCUCUCAGUCCUUCUACACGAUCCAUGUGGUGGAGAACAACGUGCCAGGGGCGCUGCUGACAUCUCUAAGUGCAUUAGACCCCGAUCUAAAUGAGAACCAGUACUUGGUCUAUUUCAUAAUGGAGAAGGAGAUUGUGAACACGUCUAUGUCGAUGCUGUUCUCCAUCAACCCUGAGAACGGGGAUCUGUAUGCCCUGAAGACCUUUGACUAUGAGAGGGAGAGGGAGUUCCUCUUCCACAUCGAGGCGAGAGACUCUGGUGUUCCCCCGCUGAGCAGCAACGUGACAGUUCACAUCAUCAUUCUGGACCAAAACGACAACACACCGCUCAUAGUGUCACCGUGGCGGGCGAGGGGCUCCUUGAUAGAGGAGGUGAUCCCCAGGUCCACGGACAAGGGCCACCUGGUCACCAAAGUGAUUGCUAUUGAUGCGGAUUCGGAGCAGAACGCGAGGGUCACCUACCAGCUCCUGCAGAUCACUGACGCGUCCCUCUUCAGUCUCGAUCAGUAUAACGGUGAAAUCCGGACGACGAGGAUGUUCAGCUACAGAGACCCGAGACAACAGCGGCUUGUCAUCGUUGCCAAAGACAAUGGCCAACCUUCGCUCUCUGCCACUGUCACCAUCAAGAUAUCCACAGUGGAACACGUCAGGUCCUUCUCAGAGACUACAGAGCUGCCACUAGAAUAUGAUGUCUUCACAGACCUCAACUUGUACUUGGUGAUCGGUUUAGGAGCUGUGUCAUUUCUGCUACUGAUAACCAUCCUGGUUAUUAUUGUGCUGAAGUGUCAAAAACCAAAGCCGAAGGUGCUAAAGAUGCCCCCGGCCAAUAGGAACAGCGUGAUCAGCAGAAACAGCAUGAUCAGCCAGAGGAGCUCCACCAUCGCAGAUUCCACCCUGAUCUCCAGCGAUGCCUACUGGUACAGUUUGUUCCUGGCAGAGACCAGGAAGGGCAAAGUGGUGAUGAGACAGCCCAUAAUCCCAAAAGGAGCUGGGUACUUUGUGUCCAGUAUACCCAGGAGCAUAGGGCCCAGUGAGACCACCGACUCCAGAGCGUCCACACUGGAGCAGGAACCCAGGAGAGAACUGCCAUGA